AAACAUUAGGAUGAUGUCUGCCGCCGCCAUCCAAACGAAAAAUCUUCGCACCAAGGUUGUUGAUGGUGUCCUCGUGGUAACAUUGGAUACCCCCAAUGCCAAAGUCAAUUCUUUGGGUGAAACCCUAAGCCAAGAAUUCGAGCAGGUCUUGAAGGAAUUGGAAACCAAUGCCCAAGUUAAUUCUGCCGUUUUAAUAUCCGCCAAGCCUGGUUGUUUUGUAGCCGGUGCUGAUAUUGGUAUGCUGGAGAAAUGCCAAACAGCUGCUGAAGCCACAAAAAUCUCUCAAGAGGCCCAAUGGAUGUUUGAACGUAUGGAAAAAAGUCGUAAACCCAUUGUGGCUGCCAUUAAUGGUGUCUGCUUGGGUGGUGGUUUGGAGUUGGCUUUGGCCUGCCAUUAUCGCAUUGCCACUAAGGAUAAGAAAACCAAAUUGGGUUUGCCCGAGGUUAUGUUGGGUCUUUUGCCCGGUGGUGGUGGUACUGUACGUUUGCCAAAAUUGGCUGGUGUUCCCACGGCCUUGGAUUUGGAAUUGACUGGUAAACAAUUGCCUGCUGAGCGUGCCAAACGUGCCGGUAUUGUUGAUUUGCUAGUUAGCCCAUUGGGUCCCGGUUUGGGCCCAGCUGAUCAACAGACCAUUCAAUAUUUGGAAAAGGUAGCUGUUCAGGUGGCCAACGAUAUUGUUAGCGGUAAAAUAAAGAUCAACCGCGAAAAGAGUGGCCUGGUCAACAAACUAACCGCCAUGGUUAUGGACACCGAUUUUGUUAAGAACAAAAUUUUCGAUACUGCCCGUAAACAGGUUAUGAAAAUGACCAACGGCCUCUACCCAGCUCCAUUGAAAAUUCUCGAAGUUAUUCGCACCGGUGUGGACAAAGGAUCUGAGGCUGGUUAUGCCGCUGAACGUGAAGGUUUCGGUUAUCUAUCGGCCACUCCUGAAUCCAAGGGCCUGAUUGCCUUGUUCCGUGGUCAAACUGAAUGUAAAAAGAAUCGUUUUGGUAAACCCGAAAAAGAAGUCAAGACAUUGGGUGUUUUGGGUGCUGGCCUUAUGGGUGCCGGUAUUGUUCAAGUUACCGUCGAUAAGGGUGUUAAGGUGGUAAUGAAAGAUGCCACUGAAGCUGGUUUGUCGCGUGGUAUUGGCCAAGUGCAAAAGGGUUUGGAGACGGCUGUUAAACGUAAACGUAUCUCGGGUUUGGAACGCGAUAAGACUUUGUCCAAUUUGUUACCCACAUUGGAUUAUAAUGAAUUCAAAAAUGCCGAUAUGGUUAUUGAGGCUGUCUUCGAGGAUAUUAAGAUUAAGCACCGUGUCAUCCAAGAAUUGGAGGCUGUGGUGCCCAAACAUUGUGUUAUUGCCACAAAUACCAGUGCCAUUCCUAUUACCAAAAUUGCUGCUGGUAGUUCAAGGCCUGAAAAGGUUGUGGGUAUGCACUACUUCUCACCCGUUGAUAAAAUGCAAUUGUUGGAAAUUAUAACCCACCCCGGUACCUCACAAGACACCAUUGCCUCGGCUGUUGCCAUGGGUUUGAAACAGGGUAAGGUGGUGAUUACUGUUGGUGAUGGUCCUGGUUUCUAUACUACACGCAUCUUGGCCACUAUGUUGUCCGAGGCUAUUCGUCUCUUGCAAGAAGGUGUUGACCCCAAGGAAUUGGAUGCUCUCUCCAAGAAAUUCGGUUUCCCCGUGGGCGCUGCCACCUUGGCCGAUGAAGUUGGUAUUGAUGUUGGCUCCCACAUUGCUGUUGACUUGUCGAAAUCCUUUGGCGAACGCUUCAGCGGUGGCAACUUGCAGGUUAUGCAAGACAUGGUCUUGGCUGGUUUCCUUGGACGUAAAUCAGGCAAAGGCAUUUUCAUGUAUGACAGCCAAACCAAGGGCAGCCGUCCCGUCAACAUUGAAGCCUUGGAGAUUUUGAAACAAAAGUAUGCUUUGGCUUCCAAGGGUGCCAACACUCCCGAAGAUAUGACCUUGCGUAUGGUUUCACGUUUCGUAAAUGAGGCUGUUCUCUGUUUGGAAGAGAAGAUUUUGCACAACCCAUUGGAGGGUGAUGUUGGUGCCGUUUUCGGUCUUGGCUUCCCACCAUUCAGCGGUGGCCCAUUCCGUUGGGUUGAUCACUUCACUGCCACCAAAUUGGUUGACAAAAUGAAUUCGUAUGCUGACCUCUAUGGAGCUCCCUUCAAGCCAGCUCAAACAUUGGUCGAUAUGGCCAAGGAUCCAUCCAAGAAAUUCUAUCCUCAAAAUACUUCGAAAUUGUAA